AAAUACAGAAAAAUAUACUUUCAAUAAAUUUCCCAAAAUGUCAAAGUUCACACGCCGAAAACGCUCUGCCAAAAAGGAUACUUGGCUGCGAGUGCUUGCAAUUAUAUGUUUUCUAACAUUACACACCAGUGGCAUUGACGCUUUGGCGCAUCCGAGCGCUGCACAGGAACACGAUAUGCUGAUACUGGACGCCUUGUCGAGACGCAGCAGCGGCGGUGGUGGCGGCGGUUACUAUAGCGAGGGUUCUGUCAUGGAAAUGCUGGCGAGAAUGAUUCCGCAGUCUUGCCGCUUUCGUGGACACAAAUUCGAAUGCGGUCUCUCCAUUUCGUGUGUGCUGGGCGGCGGCAAACCGCUUGACCUCUGCUCGGGCGGCAUGAUUUGGUCGUGCUGUGUGGACAAAGACCUCGAUGCGGAGGAUACGCACGCAAGUCAAGUCAACAAUACAAGUGACAUCAUACACCUGCACGACAUCUACCCCGACUUGGCGGGCCACAACAAACACCCGUCGCAUGGUGGCCUCGGCAGCAGCAGCAGUUCACAAAUACACAAUUUGCAUAACAGUCACGGUGCCACACAAAGCAGCAAUAUAGCAUCGCAUAGCACAUUGGGUGCCUCACGACCGCCCGUACAUCACUACCCCACCGUCAUUAGUAAUCAUCAGUACCAAGUCACACAAUCGCUGUACACGACAAAGCGACCUUACAAGCCACAUAUCUAUCGACCCACAGGGAGUGGUGGCGCUGUGGCCUCGUCCAGCAGCUGGGAGCAUGAAUCAAAUCAUCUGGGCUCCGGCAUCACCAAUCACUUGGACACUUUCUUCGAUGUGGAACGACCACCCGCGCAUUCGGCGGAGAGUGGCCCGCAUGAGCUGCUGCCACAUCCACAGCCCUUCGCGGUUGGCAAUGUCUUGGAUUUGAAUGCAGGCGAAGCGGCGGAAGACUACAGUGGCGGCGUCGGCGGCGGUGGCGGUGGCAUUUAUGCUGACGGAACAACUUAUCGUCCAGUGCCGGGUUGCGGUGAGGUCUAUGCGCGCUCGAAUCGCAUUGUCGGUGGUCACUCGACAGGUUUCGGCUCACAUCCCUGGCAGGUGGCGCUGAUUAAGAGUGGAUUUCUCUCACGCAAACUUAGCUGCGGGGGCGCGCUCAUCUCGAAUCGUUGGGUCGUCACGGCGGCGCAUUGCGUAGCAACCACCGCCAAUUCGAAUAUGAAAAUCCGCUUGGGCGAAUGGGACGUACGCGGCCAAGAAGAGCGUCUCAAUCACGAAGAAUAUGGCAUCGAACGCAAGGAAGUGCAUCCACACUACAAUCCGGCGGAUUUCAAGAACGAUUUAGCGCUCAUAAGAUUAGAUCGGAAUGUUGUCUACAAACAGCAUAUAAUACCGGUAUGUUUGCCGCCACCGGCCACGAAGUUGGUGGGCAAAAUGGCAACAGUGGCGGGUUGGGGACGUACGCGGCAUGGACAGAGCACAGUGCCGUCAGUACUGCAGGAAGUGGACGUUGAGGUGCUCUCCAACGAUCGCUGCCAGCGUUGGUUCCGUGCAGCGGGUCGUCGCGAAGCAAUACACGAUGUCUUCCUUUGUGCCGGCUACAAAGAGGGUGGACGUGACUCGUGCCAAGGCGACUCGGGUGGUCCGUUAACGCUAUCGUUGGAUGGUCGCAAAACGCUCAUCGGUUUGGUGUCGUGGGGUAUCGGCUGUGGGCGUGAACAUCUGCCCGGUGUUUAUACGAAUAUACAGAAAUUUGUGCCGUGGAUGAAUAAAGUUAUGGCCAAUGAUAAUGCGUAGUGCUGCAUGGACUCACACUAGCCAAAGACUGCAGUGCACUAGUAUGAUAUGCCACCUGAUUACCGUUAUGUAACGAUAUCCUAUUG